AUCAAAACAUACAACAAUUAAUUAUAAGCUCAAUCCUCUUGAAUAUCACAAUCACAAUAGUAAAAAAGAAUGGCCAGAAUUUAUCCUCAACAAGAAUCCACAGCAUGCUCUGUGUCUAAUGAUCAGUGUCAUAUCAGCAGGUCUAAUAAAAGAGAAACAUAUACUGUAUGGAUGAAAUCACUUGUUCUUCACUCCAAUGGUUGCACUGUCUAUGAUUCAAACGGUAACAUCGUUUAUCGAGUUGAUAACUAUGACAAAAAAGGUAGAAGAGAAGUGAAUCUAAUGGAUCUACAAGGGAAUCUUCUUUGCACCAUCAAAAAGACAUUACUAGCUUUUGGAUGUUGGGAAGGCUACAAAUAUUGUAACAAUUCUAAUUUUGGAAGCCAAGAGGAACAACCAUGGUUCCAAGUUAAAAGAUGUACUAAGAUUAUCACAGGAAAAGUAGCUUGUCAGAUUAAAGUAGGGUCCCAAAAUUUGUGCAUAGAAAGAAUCAGUACAGGAAAAUCAUUUGCUUUUAGGAUAGUAAACAAAAAUGGAGAAAUCAUUGCAGAGGCAAAGCAAAAACAGUCUUCAUCCGGGGUUGUUCUGAGUAAUGAUGUUCUAACUUUGGAUUUGGCUGCUGGAACGGAUCAUUCCCUUAUAAUGGCUUUGAUUACGGUCUACGGAUUGAUAUGCGGAAAAAUGUAGAAAUUUCAUAUGAUGUACGAUUCAUUUGAAGGCUCUGAUUCAGAAAACUUUUCGCUUUUGUACACUUUUUCCAUCGUUUGAUGUCUUGUAAAUUUUGUAAAGUUUAGUAACUAGUGUUUAGCUCAGUUUAUAUAAAAAGAUCAUGAGCUAGCUUCAUCAAGAUCUUUUUUUUUUCACUGAGUUUCAUCAGGAUCUGUAAUUAGAGAGGUAUGUAUAUGUAAACAUAUAUAUUGUAU